UCCGGAAACCGGCGGGCCGGCAGGAAAUGACGAAGGCAGAGGUCGUCCAGGUCCGGUCGGUAACCGGGUCCCGCGCGUCCGGCCCCGACUCUGGGGAAAAGAGCCCCGAGCGGAGCAGCCUGGCCGCGUGCCGCCUCCGGAGCCAGCAGCCAGGAUGAAGACAAGCUCUGUAGGAAUACACCAUUUAUCAAGGGGCCCAUGAACAGAAUUUUGUGAGAAAUGGAAGCAAGAAACUAACCUGGCUCAGAUCCAUUCAGGUGUUAGAAAACAGCCCCAUGCCUGGAGGUUAUGGAGUGAUGGGUGACGAUGGCUCUAUGGAUUACAGUGUUCAUGAGGCCUGGAAUGAAGCCACCAAUGUUUACUUGGUAGUGAUCCUUGUUAGCUUUGUUCUCUUCAUGUAUGCCAAGAGGAACAAAAGGAAAAUUAUGAGGAUAUUCAGCGUGCCACCUACAGCAGAAACUUUAUCAGAGCCCAGCUUUUAUGACACAAUAAGCAAAAUUCGUUUAAGACAGCAACUGGAAAUGUAUUCCAUUUCAAGGAAGUAUGACUAUCAGCAACCACAAAACCAAGCUGACAGUGUGCAACUCUCAUUGGAAUGAAAUGACAGAAAAUGAACAACAUAAGUAAUUGUUCAACAGUCUGGUAGCAAGCUCCUAAAUGUACUAAAUCAUGAACAGCAUUUUUUUUUAACCCUAUCUCCAUAAAAUCAUUUUACUUGUGACUUUCUUCCAGUUU